UCAGCAUGGCCUUCCACCAGUGGGUGGUCACCCUGGCCUUGGCUAUCCUCCUCAUCAUGGACAGGGAAGUGCCAGUGUCAGCAGGAAAGCUCACUUUCUCAAGAAUGCCCAUCUGUGAGCACAUGACGGAGUCUCUAGAUUGUUCCCAGACAUCCAACCUGGUCUGUGGCACUGAUGGAGUCACAUAUGAGAGUGAAUGCCAGCUCUGCUUGACCCGGCUAAAAACCAAACAGGACAUCCAGAUCGUGAAGGAUGGCAAAUGCUGACUCCACAAGGAGCACCUGAAGCCAUGAAGUUUGGGGCUGGAAAACAGUGGUGGGCAUGGAGAAGACAUGACUUGAAUUAAAAGAUCCAG